AUGGCGGCUCCGCGAGCUCCCAGCAUCCUCGUACAGUGCUGUCGUCAGCCACGGCUCACACCCAGACUCUCCCUCGACAGACGGCGAUACAUCUCUGCAUACGGAUACACCCAGGCCAAAGCCCUCGUCUUUCCCAAAUACGGAGAGCCCAAGGAUGUCCUAAAUCUACAUGCACAUUCAAUCUCUCCUCCCAACGGCACCCAAUGCACCCUCCGCCUACUCGCCGCCCCGCUCAAUCCGGCGGACUUUAACCAGAUCCAAGGCGUCUACCCGACAAAACCCACCUUUCUCACCACCUUAGGCACAAUCGACCCUCAUGCCGUCGCCGGAAAUGAGGGAGCCUUCGAGGUCCUAUCCACCGGUUCGGGCGUGAAAUCUCUCCGCAAGGGCGACUGGGUCAUCAUGAAACAUUCGGGAAUGGGCACAUGGAGGACCCAUGCCCAGUUCGACGAGUCACAGCUGAUAAAGGUCGAGGAACAGGACCGUGAAGGUCUAACGCCCAUCCAGGCUGGUACCGUCAGCGUCAACCCCGUCACGGCCUACCGGAUGAUCAAAGAUUUCUGCGAAUGGGACUGGCUGCGUGGCGGCGAGGAAUGGCUGAUUCAGAACGGUGCGAACUCGGGCGUGGGUCGAGCCGCGAUUCAGAUUGCAAAACAGUGGAAUAUAAAGACCCUAAACGUCAUCAGGGAGCGUGAGACGGCCGAGGAGACAGAGAAGUUGAAGAACGAGCUGCUCUCCCUUGGCGCCACGGCCGUUAUCACCGAAUCAGACCUCCUGUCGUCUGCUAAAUUCAAAGAUACCGUCCAGCAGCUGACGCGUGGAGGCAGGGAGCCCAUCCGCCUGGCCCUCAAUUGCGUUGGAGGGAAGAAUGCGGCUGCACUUGCCAAGGUACUCGCUCCCAACUCCCGACACGUCACGUACGGUGCCAUGGCGAAACAGCCAACCGCCCUACCUGCAGGGCUUAUGAUCUUUAACAAUAUUGCCUUCCACGGCUUCUGGGUGUCGAGGUGGAGUGAUGAUAACCCGGCGUUGAAGCAAGAGACUAUUCGCGAUAUCUUCCGUUUAACCAGGGACGGCAGGUUUAAGGAUAUCCCUGUGCAGGAGGUGAAGUGGACGAGGGAUACGCCCAAGGAAGAGCUCAUCGACUGUGUGCAGGGUACGCUGGGAGGCUACAGGAGUGGAAAGGGGGUGUUUGUCUACAACGCUUGUUUAUCGAGAGUCCUCAUGCUUGAAAACGUUGCGUUUGCCCUGCUUGGGCUGGCCGGGGUUGCGUUUGGUUCACAGCCUGAAGCUCCAGAUCCCAUUCCGGCGCCGUUGAGGGACUUGACAUGGGGUCAGCUCAACUUCCUCCAUACCACCGACGUCCACGGCUGGUAUUCAGGCCAUCUACAGGAACCAUCAUACUCCGCUGAUUGGGGCGAUUAUGUGUCGUUCGCGACGCGCAUGCGGGAAAGGGCUGAAGCAGCCGGAACUGACCUCCUGGUAAUUGAUACUGGAGAUAGAGUAGAAGGGAAUGGGCUUUAUGACAGCUCUGAACCAAAGGGAGCGUAUUCUUCCAAGUUCCUGCAGAAGCAACAUAUAGACUUGCUCUGCACGGGGAACCAUGAGCUCUACAAGAAGAACACUUCUGAGGCCGAGUUUCUUACCACUGUUCCCAACUUCAAGGGCAAAUAUCUUGCCUCAAACGUUGACAUCACUGAUCCGGACUCUGGUGAUCUCGUCCCGCUUGCUCCGCGAUUUAAAAAGUUUACUACCAAGGUACAAGGAAUUCGAAUCAUGGCGUUUGGGUUCUUGUUUGAUUUUACCGGCAAUUACAACAACACCGUUGUAACGACUGUCGAGGAGACGAUCAAGCAAGACUGGUUCCAAGAGGCGAUCAGAGACAGAGAAGUUGACCUCUUCCUCGUUCUUGGCCAUGUCCCGGCUAAGUCGAAGGAAUAUAAUGCCAUCUUCACAUCGAUCCGAUCAGCACAAUGGGACACGCCAAUCCACUUCUUCGCUGGCCAUUACCAUAUUCGCGACUACGUGAAAUAUGACGACAAAGCAUACAGCCUCGCCAGUGGGCGGUUCAUGGAAACUAUUGGCUUCGCGUCUGUGAGCGGGUUGAACACGACCAAGAAGCAGACUGCCACACAAAGUUCACCUUCGUUCAGUCGCAGAUACAUCGACAGUAACCUAUACUCAUUCUACCACCAUUCCGGCCUUGACGAGGCGACCUUCCACACGCCCAGGGGGAGAGAAGUUACUGAAUCCAUCCGCAAAGCCAGAAGUACCCUCAAGCUAGACCACAUCUACGGUUGUGCUCCCAGGACGCUUUGGAUGUCACGGUCCAAGUAUCCGUCCGAGGACAAUAUUUUCACCUGGCUCGAGAAGGAGGCGUUACCUGACUCGCUCAGGUCCGGACUCCGCGAGAACACCACCGCCCUUGCCAUCGUCAACACCGGCGGCAUCCGCUUUGACAUCUUCAAAGGCCCGUUCACUCAGGAUAGCGCAUACAUCUUGUCUCCCUUUAUAAACGAGUUUCGAUAUAUGAAAGACGUGCCGUACGACAAGGCAGUUAAAGUAUUACAGAUCCUCAACAAGGCGCCUAGCAUUUUAACACAGGCAGCAGGCACACCUAUGGCCUCUUCGUUCCUUUGCCCGCCUGAACAACUAUCUAGAGAUGAGGAUUUUGUUGUGGAGGAGGCUGAAACUGCGACUCUGCUGCCUGACGACGACCAGAGCCCACUCGGAGGAGGUGAAACGCCAGGACUGAUACCUGGAUAUACCACCAAGGACGACGCCGGCACCGACGGCGAUGACACGGUCCAUGCACCCAUCUCCUUCUACCGAAUGCCGAACUGUAUCAUGUCGUCGAUAUCAGAGGGCGACUCUGCGACGCCGGCCGAGGUCGACCUGCUAUACCUCGACUUCCUCGAGCCCUGGAUGACCGUCGCGACCAAGAUUGCGGGCAUCGACUUCGACCCCAAGGAGGCAGAGGCGUUCAUGCCGGGCGUGCAGAUGAGGACCAUGAUCACGGAGUGGGCGACGCAGAACUGGAAGUGUCCCAGCCUUAGACAUACCUAG